AUGGCCCAAGUUAGUCGUCAAGAAGAUAGAGAUGCCCCGAAGCGCCACCUCCAAGGUUGCUUCAAUAGCGAGGAUGGAGGCCCCUCAGAGAUCGAUGGGACGAAUGCGGCACACAUCGCAUCGAUUCUCGAUGACCUCAAGAGCGAAUUUCAACAGCGGCUGGACUCCUUGGCCGCAGAUCUAACUCAGUCCAAGAAUAAGCAACAACAAGCGUACGCUUCUGGUAUGGUCAAAUUACCGAAAAGCAUCAAGAGCAUGAAAGUAUCGGAGUUCAACGCACUGUAUAAAAUAGAUCUGAUUCGUGCCGUCCGGCGAGUCCGAGAAGACCACCCUAUCGUAUCGAAGAAUCGCGAUCGAUUGGCGACCGCAACACCCGAACCGACACGACGCAACAACCGACCGAUUGAAACGCCAUCUCGGACUGUCAGGCGUGGAGAGGCCUUGUACUCCCAGAAUGGAUCGCCACUGGAUGCAGCCGAGCAGGGAGCUUUGGUGGCGACAGUUACAAAAAAAAAUCGGGGAAAUGCUGCGCUUUCGUCAGCUGCUAGUUUCGAUUUCUGUGUUGGUGAAGGGAAAUAUGUCACACUCGGGGAUCCCAGCAACAUGAAAGAUCUCGACUCGGAGCUUAAGAAUUCCGCACUCAGUCAACUCAAACUCAUGCAAGAUCAGAUUGCCAUUGCCAUGAAGCAGCUUGAGUAGAUUUCUUUCGGCGUUUUCUGGACUUUCCACACCCUUUUGAGAAGCGCUGCUUCGGAGGCUGGAACAGAUAGCUUCACGAAAAAGAGAUAACCGCAAGGUGAUACGACUCAGCUAUAAAGGGGCUUCCGAAGUAAGAACUCAUUCCACAAUUUUUAUUUUUAUCAUG